GCAAGAACCCAGCUUCAGGCUCCUUUCAGACACUGAUUAUUCUCACUUCCCUUGGCGUCCACUGUACCUUUCCUCUGCUGGUCCUCAAUGCACACAGUUUUCAUCAGAUUGGAGCAUCAUCUGGCUGUCUGGCACCAUCAAAGAAUUGCAUUUCUGACCCAACAAGAGCUCAUGGGUGAAUGGGGGCAGGAAAGAGGUUGGGGAGAGGACUGAUGCCAGCGAGGCUGCCUCACGGGGAGGUGGAGACACUUGGCCAUGCCCCUAGCAUCCUGUUCGGCUUUCGGAUGAGUUUCAUCUAUGACACAUACAGAGUCCUCACUUGGAACAAGAGGGUUAAAAGAGGCCCUGGCGCUUGCUCCUCUUCUGAUUAACCACCUCGGCGGAACAGAAGGCAAAGCUGCACAGAAGAGGACCAAAGUCAGGUGCCAGAAGCAGGUGACAUCCAGACUCUCAGUUCAUUGGAUGCCGCUAUUUCAAUAGAGCCACUUUUUUGUGUGGCUAUUUAGACAUGAGGAUAUUUCGA